GGUGAGACACACUAGUGUAUAAGGUUAUUGCUUUAAAACCCUCACUUAAGAAAAAGAAUACCCCAAAGAAACUUCUUCGCACUAUAAAAAUCCAAUUGCUAAACCCGCUUCCACCGGUGUGUCAAAGAAAUGGCUUCCGUUUCCCGAUCGCUUCUUACGGCGGCGGCUUCCAGGUCCAUGCCCGGCCGUACCAAAUCACUUGCUCAUAAAACCCUAAAUCCAUUGCCUGUUUCUUCUUCUUCCUCCAGAACCUUUCCUUCCUUUACCAGGAUUGUUUCGUCUUUGGCUAAUGUGGAGUCUUUGAUGCCACUCCACACCGCCGUCGCCUCGGCUCGGCUGAAGUCCAAAAUUGCCGUCGAUUCCCAUUGCUGGAGCUGGCUUUCUGAAGGAUUUGCAACAUCUUUGUGACAUAACAUGGUUGGUGAAGGCGAAAUUGUAAUUGGUUGAUAAUACAGCUGAAUGACUGGUAGCUGAAAUGACCUUCCAUAGGACUUGUGAGGUUUUUCCAUCUUUCCUACUUAUCUUUGUAAGAUACCUUUAUCACAAGGAAGAAUCAUUUAGACAACUAUUUUUUAGUUUUUAUCGUUGUAUAAUGCAAUGCGGCCACAUUUUCUGGAUAUGCAGAGAGCUAUUGUUUUAAGCCUUUGAAUACAAACCUUGGGAGGUUAGAUUUUUGUUAGGCAUCUCUCUUGCUCUUGGCCUGUUCAAUAACAUGCAAUUGAUUUCUUGCAUUCUCUAAUUAUGAGGUCUUGAGCUGGAUUUCUAAUGCUUUUUAAA